UGUCUUUCAAACCAUCUCUCCCAUUGUAAAUUUGUUCAUGCAAAUCAUGGCUAUUCUCUUCCUUUUAACCAUCAUGCUCUUGUCUCUCCACACCAUCCAUGCCAAUAAAGGGGGUUGGCAAAAGGCUCAUGCAACUUUCUACGGUGGUGAGGAUGCUUCUGGUACCAUGGGUGGUGCAUGCGGGUACGGCAAUCUUUACAGCGACGGCUACGGCACAAAUACGGCGGCGUUGAGCACCACCCUCUUCAACAACGGCCAGAGCUGCGGUUCCUGCUACCAACUGCGGUGUAUCGACGACCCAAAAUGGUGUCUUCAUGGAAUCAUCACCAUCACCGCCACCAACUAUUGCCCACCAAAUUACGCCCUUGCUAAUGACAACGGCGGGUGGUGCAACCCACCGCUCCGCCACUUCGAUCUGUCACAGCCUGCUUUCUUAAAGAUCGCACAGUAUCGCGCCGGAAUAGUCCCUGUUGCGUACAGAAGGGUACCAUGUGUAAAGAGAGGAGGGAUGAGGUUCACCAUUAAUGGUCACUCUUACUUUAACUUGGUUUUGAUAACCAACGUCGGAGGUGCAGGAGAUAUUCAUGGGGUUUCAAUCAAAGGGUCGAAAACAGGGUGGCAAAGGAUGACCAGAAACUGGGGUCAAAAUUGGCAAAGCAACUCGUAUCUUGAUGGUCAACGCCUCUCUUUUAGGGUAACGGCAGGUGACGGAAGAACAGUCACCAGCUAUAACGUGGUGCCUGCUGGUUGGCAGUUUGGGCAGACGUUUCAAGGUGGCCAAUAUGAAAAUUUUUGAACCAACAAAACUAUAAUUGAAAUCCCAUUAAGAUUAAAAUAAAAGAGGGGAUUUAUGUGUUACUAGUGAUGUUGAAAAAAAGCAUUGAAUCUUGUUUGUAUUAUAUAUAAUUGUAUACUAAAAGUUGUUAAAAUAAUUGAAAGUGGGAGAAUAUAUGUUUCAA